GCGACGUCACUCUCAGUGGACGCAGCACAGGGGGAAAGCGGAGCGGCCACUUUGAUCGGCUCACAUAGGACAGCAGGAAGAGAUGGCACCUGCAAUCACCUGCCGUGUUAUGACCUGGAUGUUUGUGUUCGUGUUGGUUUCCUCUCUCGUCCCGACCGCGGCCUCGGCCGAGCGGACGAAGACGGUGGAGUUCAACGUGAAACCUGGAGGAGUCGUGCACACGUUCAGCCAGAGCAUAAUGGAUUAUGAAUGUUCAUUUACUUAUGCUUCACAAGGGGGAACCAAUGAGCAAUGGCUGAUGAGUGUGGGCCUGAGUGAUGAGGACACUCUGUUUUCCUGUUCUGUCUGGAGGCCUCAGGGGAAAUCAUACUUGUUUUUCACUCAGUUCAAAGCUGAACUGAAGGGAACCAAAAUUGAAUAUGCCAACGCAUAUUCCCAGACUGCCGGGGCAGGACAGAGUGACGUGCCUCUGAGGCCGGACGAAUUCACCAUUGGAGACGCAACAGUGACCCACAAUGACGGCAAGUUCAACGCUCAACUCUCCAAACUGACGGCCAUCGGACGGACACGGCACGACGAGCUGUAACUGGUCAGAAGCCUGACUCGGCUAGGGUCACGUUUUGACCAAUGGGAGCAGCUGGAUGAGCUCUGAGCUGGGCCUCUCUCUUUCAGCUCAGCGGUCAAUGAAGGAAGGAUCUGAAUCCUGACUGACAACCAAAAUUGGACAUAGGAUGAUACUGAUGUUGCCUUUGCAGCACCUUCUGUGUCAGAACAUUAAAUACUGUACCCGGUUAUUCUCUUACCUCAGUAGAUUUAUGCUUCUUGGGAAGAAAAUAAUAAAACUAGGAAGCGUCAGUUGAGUUUCCAGAUUUUUUUUUUUUUUUAACAUAGUGUCCUAGUUAAAAUUCUGCCAUAAGAUAAAGUGCUUCUAUAGUUGUUUCUUACUUUUUGAGGCUAUACGAUUUUCAGUGAAUAAAUCUGCCCUGAUCCACAGGGGACGUAUGUGAAUGUACAGAGGAUUGGUGUGUGGGGGUUUGUUGAGUAUAGAUAACACAUUUAGAGUCAGGAGGGAUUUAUCCUUCUUGUGUAAUCCUGAGAGGAAAGUGAGUAAUCCCCCUGUAUCAUCGUGGCACACACAUAAACAAUUACAUUUUUUUCCUCAAUCUCAUUCCGCUCUGAGCUGCUCUUGAGACGACACCACGGUCUCUUGUCUGUUUAUCUUCAUCUGUUCCAGAUAACUGAAAGCAUCACAUUUGAUUCCCCGAUAUCACAAUUCUGUAUUAUUUGUGAAAACUUAGUGGCUUCAUCAUGUGGAAUUAAGAGAACAUUAAACACGGUCAUGUUUCUGAGCACGCUAAAGGAGUUUUGGAUAAAUAAAAAAUAAAUAAAUAAAAAGCC